AUGGGUGACUGGAGCUUUCUGGGUAAUAUUUUAGAGGAAGUCAACGAGCACUCUACGGUGAUCGGCCGGGUGUGGCUCACGGUGCUCUUCAUCUUUCGCAUCCUCAUCCUGGGCACAGCAGCAGAGUUUGUGUGGGGCGACGAGCAGUCUGAUUAUGUGUGCAACACACAGCAGCCUGGAUGUGAGAAUGUAUGCUACGACGAGGCCUUCCCCAUCUCCCACAUCCGCCUGUGGGUGCUGCAAAUCAUCUUUGUGUCCACGCCGUCUCUGGUGUACGUGGGUCACGCUGUCCACCAUGUCCACAUGGAGGAGAAACGCAAAGAGCGGGAGGAGGCAGAACUUAGCCGGCAACAGGAGCUGAGUGAGGAGCGUCUUCCUCUGGCACCUGACCAGGGAAGCGUCCGCACCACUAAGGAGACCAGCACAAAAGGAAGCAAGAAGUUCAGGCUGGAGGGCACCCUGUUGAGGACCUACAUCUGCCACAUCAUCUUCAAGACACUGUUUGAAGUGGGCUUUGUGGUGGGCCAGUACUUUCUGUAUGGCUUCCGCAUCUUGCCGUUGUAUAAAUGCAGCCGCUGGCCCUGCCCCAACACGGUGGACUGCUUUGUGUCUCGCCCCACAGAGAAGACUGUCUUUAUCAUCUUCAUGUUGGCUGUGGCCUGUGUCUCACUGUUCCUAAACUUUGUGGAGAUCAGUCACUUGGGCCUGAAGAAGAUUCGCUUUGUCUUUCGAAAGCCAGCGCCUGCUCCGGGGCCAUCCCAAGGCGAAGGGUUGGCCCCCCUGCCGCCACAAGGGAAGAGCCUGCCCCCCCUGGCUGUUCCCUCUCUGCAGAGAGCAAAAGGUUACAGGCUGCUGGAGGAGGAGAAAGCUCCCCCCAUGACUCACCUCUACCCACUGGCUGAGGUGGGCAUGGAGGCUGGCAGAGGGGCCCCACCCUUCCAGGGGUUGGAGGAGAAAGUGGAGGAAGUGCUGCCCAUGGAGGACAUCUCUAAGGUGUAUGACGAGACUCUGCCCUCCUACGCCCAGACCACUGAGACAGGAGGGGUGACAUUACACGAGGAAGAGGCUGAGGAGGUGCAGCCGCCAGAGGCGGAAGCAGAGAGGGUGGAUCUGGCUGCAGAAGAGGACAUCGAGGUAGAGGAGGCGGUGAACGGGGAGGGGGCAACUCCAGCAGAGGCAGGAACGGAAGCUGCGGAAACGAUAGAAGACAACAGGCCGCUGAGCCGACUGAGCAAAGCCAGCAGCAGGGCCAGGUCAGACGAUCUCACCGUAUGA